CCGGAAACACCGAGUCUCCGCUUCCGGCGCCGGUAGCGAUAACGGCGGGGCAAGAUGGCCGCCGUGCCGCCUGACUCAUGGCAGCCACCCACCGUGUCCAUGGAGACCACGAUGGGCACCCUGGUGCUGGAGCUCUAUUGGCGUCACGCCCCCCGGACCUGUAAGAACUUUGCCGAGCUGUGUCGCCGUGGGUAUUAUAACGGGACCCGCUUCCACCGCAUCAUCCGGGACUUCAUGGUACAGGGAGGAGACCCCACCGGGACCGGCCGUGGCGGUGCCUCCAUUUAUGGCAAACACUUUGAGGACGAGCUGCACUCGGAGCUGAAAUUCACCGGCGCUGGCAUUCUGGCCAUGGCUAACGCAGGACCCGAUACCAACGGCAGCCAGUUCUUCAUCACGCUGGCACCGGCGCAAUGGUUGGAUGGCAAACACACCAUCUUUGGGCGCGUGUGCCAAGGGAUCGGGGUGCUGGGCAGGGUGGGCAUGGUGGAAACCAACGCACAGGACCGGCCUUUGGAUGAUGUUAAAGUGCUUAAAGCUGUCCCUGCUGGGGGAUAAUGGGAAUAAAAUGGCUGUGGGGACGGUG